AUGGGCAGCAUGCUCGGUGGCGGCGGCGAUGGAGGUGGUGAUGCUACUGCUGCUGCUGGCGGUUGUCCUCCGCUGCAGCUGAUCUUUGCUCGUGGCACAACAGAAAUUCAAGGCACCCUCGGCAUCGUCGGCAGACCCCUCUGCACCGGUCUCCAACAACAAGUCCCCGGCACACAGUGUUACGACGUAGUCUACUCGAGCGACACGGACUACUUCGUGGCGCCAUCACAAGGAGCAGCCGCGGCGACGAGCGAGAUGAACAGCAUCUCUUCGCGCUGCCCCUCGACCAAGUUCGUACUGGGUGGAUAUUCAAAGGGUGCCAUGGUGGUGCAUCUGAUCAAACAGGCGAACAACGUGGUGGGCGCAGUGACGUUUGGCGAUCCGUACAAGAUGAUGCCGGUACCGACGACGCCCAACUGGAAGCUGUUCUGCCACAUGGGCGAUCCAGUGUGCGAGAACGGCAUGAAUGUGAUGGCACACCUGACGUACAGUAUGGAGGACAUCAAUGCGGCAGUGUCGUUCUUGGUGCAGGCGUACAGAUGCGACAAGCUUCGCAUCGGGAUUCGAAAAAGUGUACGCGCCGAGUGCAAGAUACGGCAGGUGCGCAUGCGGCGUGACAGAGCGUCGUCAGUGACGAAGGCUACGAAGCCAUAA